AUGCCAAUUCUAGAUGGACUAAGAUAUGGUGACCCGAUUGAUGGAAGCGUUGGCGCAAACAUCCCGGAGAGCUCACGACAAAGGAUUGUGGUUGUGGGCUUGGGCAUGGUGGCCAUCUCCUUCAUUGAGAAAGUCAUCAAACAUGACACACGCCGGCAAUAUGACAUUGUCGUCGUUGGCGAAGAACCUCAUGUGGCAUAUAACCGCGUUGGGCUGUCGUCUUUCUUCGAGCAUCGCAAAAUCGAGGAUCUAUACCUCAAUCCGAAGAAAUGGUACGAAUCAUUCAAAGAACGCACCUUCGACCACCACCUCAACACCAGAGUGACCGAGAUAAACGCUGCCGACCAGACAAUCCGUACUUCUACAGGCGACACAAUCGGGUAUGACAUCCUGGUUCUCGCAACUGGUUCUGAUGCUGUCCUGCCAACAAAUACUCCCGGUCACGACGCAAGGGGCAUAUUCGUGUACCGAACGAUCUCUGAUCUCGAGCGUCUCAUCGGUUUUGCGGCCCAACACAAAGGCGAAACCGCAGUAACAGUCGGCGGGGGACUCUUAGGGUUGGAGGCCGCCAAGGCCAUGACAGAUCUGCAGGAUUUUGGAAAUGUCAAGUUGAUCGACCGCAAUAAAUGGGUAUUGGCACGACAGCUUGACGGCGAUGCGGGCACGUUGGUGACGCGCAAAAUCCGAGAGCUAGGCUUGGAUGUUCUGCAUCAGAAGCGCAUUGCUGUGGUCAACACGAAUGCGGAGAAUAAUGUUACCGGAAUCACCUUUGAGGAUGGAGAGCAGAUCAGUUGCUGCUGUAUUUGCUUCGCGAUUGGAGUGAAGCCAAGAGAUGAAUUGGGCCGUUCGGCUGGGAUCCAGAGCGCUGAAAGAGGAGGCUUUGUUAUUGAUGAAAGUUUACGGACCUCAAUUCCGAAUAUCUACGCUAUCGGUGAAUGUGCCAGCUGGGAGAAUCAAACCUUCGGGAUUAUUGCGCCAGGAAUUGAAAUGGCGGACGUGUUAGCCUUUAAUUUGACAAGCCUCGACAAAGAACCAAAAAGAUUUACCCGCCCAGACCUCAGCACAAAACUGAAGCUGCUUGGGGUUGACGUCGCCAGUUUUGGGGACUUUUUCGCUGACAGGGAUGGGCCCAAAUUUCUCCCCGGUCAACGGCCAACAAAUGGUUCCGCAAGGAAAAUGGAUCAUACAGAGUCUCCGGUCAAGGCUCUUACAUAUAAAGAUCCUUUUGGUGGUGUGUACAAGAAGUACUUGUUUACCAUGGACGGAAAGUACCUGCUUGGAGGUAUGAUGAUUGGAGACACAAGAGACUAUCUAAAGUUGAACCAAAUGGUGAAGAGCCAGAAAGAGCUGGAAGUGCCUCCGAGUCAGUUCAUUCUCGGUUCCCAGAAAGAUGGCGAAGAAAAUGCAGACGAUCUUGAUGACAGUACACAGAUUUGCUCCUGUCACAAUGUUACCAAGGGAGACGUAGUGGAAAAUGUCAAGAACGGCACCUGCAAAUCAAUUGGGGAGCUCAAGUCUUGCACCAAGGCUGGGACUGGUUGCGGAGGCUGUAUGCCUCUGGUCCAGUCAAUUUUCAACAAAACCAUGCUCGAAAUGGGACAGGAGGUAUCCAAUCACCUCUGCUCCCACAUUCCCUAUUCACGAGCCGAUCUUUACAAUGUCAUCGCCAUCAAACAGUUAAAGACCUUCGUCGAUGUAAUGAAGGCAGUCAGCAAGAAUCCAGACUCCUUGGGCUGCGAGCUCUGCAAGCCAGCAAUUGCAUCCAUUCUGUCGAGUCUAUUCAACCCACAUAUCAUGGACAAGGGGUUCCACGACCUGCAAGAUACGAAUGACAAAUUCUUGGCCAAUAUCCAAAGGAAUGGCACAUUUUCAGUUGUACCCCGGGUCCCCGGUGGAGAAAUCAGUGCAGACAAACUGAUCGCCAUCGGCCAAGUGGCCAAAAAGUAUGGUCUAUAUUGCAAGAUUACCGGUGCCCAGCGAAUUGAUAUGUUUGGAGCAAAGAAGCAGGAUCUUCUCAAUAUCUGGACCGAGCUCGUUGAUGCGGGGAUGGAGAGUGGGCAUGCUUAUGCCAAAGCACUGCGGGCUAUCAAGAGCUGUGUUGGCACCACAUGGUGUCGGUUUGGAGUUGGUGAUAGUGUUGGGAUGGCCAUCCGACUCGAGGAGCGAUAUAAAAGUAUCCGGGCACCGCACAAAUUUAAAGGCGCGGUAUCAGGCUGCGUACGUGAAUGUGCUGAGGCUCAAAAUAAGGACUUCGGUCUUAUCGCCACCGAGAAAGGGUUCAACAUCUUCGUUGGUGGCAACGGAGGAGCCAAACCGAGGCAUUCUGAGCUACUAAUCAAAGAUGUACCCCCGGAGAUGGUCAUGCCAAUUAUUGACCGUUAUCUGAUUUUUUAUAUUCGGACAGCCGAUAAGCUGCAGCGUACAGCCAGAUGGAUCGAAAACCUCCCAGGUGGGAUCAACUACUUGAGAGAGGUGAUCAUCGACGACAAGCUUGGCAUCUGUGCGGACAUGGAAAAUCAAAUGGAAGAACUUGUGAAUAGCUACUUUUGCGAGUGGACCGAGACCGUACGGAAUCCCAAGCGGCGGAAAUUUUUCCAACAAUUCGCCAAUACCGAGGAGGCCGUUGAAACGGUAGAACUUGUGAAGGAGCGUUCCCAACAACGCCCUACAUAUUGGGCCACAGACAGUGCACAAGAGGACUUUAAAGGCCACCAGUGGUCAACUCUUUCGUGGCAGCCUGUGGUCAAAGCAGAUCACUUCUCUGACGAGUACCCGCAAAUCUCAUCUGCCAACAUCAAGCGCAGCGACACUCAGCUAGCUGUGUUUAAGAUCAAGGGCAAGUACUACGCAACUCAGCAGAUGUGCCCGCAUAAACGAGCAUUUGUCCUUUCGGAUGGAUUGAUUGGCGAUGACGAUGCUGGUAAAUAUUGGGUCUCGUGCCCUUACCACAAACGCAACUUUGAGCUCAACGGCGAGCAGGCCGGUCGGUGCUCAAAUGACGAAGAUUUGAACAUUGCUACGUUCCCUGUGGAGGAGCGCGAUGAUGGAUGGGUUUAUGUGAAGCUUCCACCGAUUGAGGAGCUAGAUUCGGUUCUCGGAACUGAAAAGUGGAAGGUGAGGAAAGGGGAGGCCCCCAAUCCUUUUGAGAAGGCGGACAAAAAACUCAAGGGGCUACGAGGCAAGAAAGUUGGGGAGAGUAAUGGGUUAAUACCGUCAGGAAAGGCAGUGAACGGGAUUGACUGGUAA